AUGACGAAGAAAUCUACUAAAACAUACAUAGGAAAAGUCCUCUUCCUCCAUGGAUAUACCCAAUCAUCAUCAAUUUUCUAUGCCAAAACUUCAGCCUUAAGAAAACGAUUAACCAAACUUAAUUAUAAAUCAAUUUAUCUUAAUGCUCCUUUAAAAUUAACUCCAGCUCAAUUACCUUCUUCUGAUGCCUUAUCGAAAUUCGCCUCCGUGGUGAAUAAUGGUGAAGAAGAUGAUACUGAAUAUAGAGCAUGGUGGGUUAAACCUCAUAAUAAUAAUGAUUCUAUAAAUCUUGAAGAAUCAAUUGAGACUAUAAAGAAUUAUAUCGAUAAGGGAGAAAUCAUUCCUGAUCCAGAUUUAAAACAAGAUGAAGAUGAUGAUGAUGAUAAGAAAUUACCUAUUGUGGGGAUUAUUGGAUUUUCUCAAGGUGCUUCCUUAGCAGGUAUUUUAAUUCAUAAAUUCGAACAAUUAUUUAAUAUCCCUCCACCAAAAUUUAUCAUCAUGUAUAGUGGAUUCAAAUUAGAUACAAGUGUAAAAUCAGGCAAUAGUAAGUAUGAAGGUUAUUAUACUACUGAAGAUAAAGUAGAGAAGGGGUUUAAGUAUUUACAUAUUUAUGGAGAAUUAGAUACCGUAGUGGAUGAAACUCGAUCAUUAUCAUUUUAUAAUAUUACCACGGAAAAUUCACAAUUAUUAAAACAUCCUGGAGGUCAUUUCGUUCCAAAUUCAAAGAUUUAUAUUGAUCAAGUUACAAAUUGGAUUCAAGUGGUCACGAAGGAGGAAGAAGAAGAAGUACCAAAAGUAGAGAAGAAAGGUGAUGAAGAUGAUAUUGAUUCUUUAUUGGAUAUGAUAGAUAAUUUAGGUAAAGCAUAG